GCCGCGUCCAGGUGUGUUUCUGCCGACAUGGGUCUGGUUUACUCCGAGCCGGCCUGUCAGGCGGCAUAUGAUGGCGACGUCUAUCAGCUGUACGACGUCCUGAAAAAUGACCCGACCCAGCUGGACGUGCAGGAGCGACUCACCGGGGACACGCCGCUCAUCGCCGGCUGCCGCUCUGGUAAACUGGCCGUGGUGACGUACCUGCUGGAGAACGAGGCCGACGUCCACCUGACCAAUAAGAAACAGAGGACGUGUCUCCACUACGUGUCCAAGAGAUCCUUCUCUCUCCUGGAUUACCUGAUGAUCACCAUCCUGAUGCCCAUCCUGCUGCUCGGCUACUUCCUCAUGCUGCAGAAACGGAGGCAGAACGCAGCGCUGAUGAACGCCGUGCUGAACACCAAAGUCAACGUCAACGCUGUCGAUUACAAGGGGAACACGGCUCUUCACUACGUCUGUCUGAGGAAAAGUUCUGCACUAGUUCCUCUGUUGCUGCAUCGAAACGCCAAAACAACCAUCAAGAAUAACGUGGGAGAAACUCCGCUGGACAUCGCCAACCGGCUGAAGUUCACCAAGAUCGCUAAGAUGCUGCGGAAGGAUCGCUGACGGACGGACGGACACGUCCUUAAUUUAAGUUGUCACUGAUGACGGAGACACGGCAACGCUGCUGCCUAACUAUGCUAAGCUAUGCUAACAGUUACCCUUGGUUUCCGGUGCUUACAUUCCAAAAACUCAAAAUCUUAACAAGAAUAUUUGUCUUAUUUCUAGUUAA